AAAUAUAUAAUUUUUCAGAAUGGAAAUUACUCUAAAAGACAUAAUGGAGAUCCAUCGAAGGGUUUUGGGUCAUGUCGAUCCCAUUGAAGGUGGAGAAUUCCGUAGAACUCAAGUUUAUGUCGGUGGCCAUACACCACCAGGCCCAGGAGAUCUUUCGAUUCUUAUGCGAAGAUUCGAAGGAUGGCUGAAUUCUGGAGAAACGAUGUCGUUGCAUCCAAUUAAACAUGCUGCACUUGCUCAUUACAAACUUGUCCACAUUCAUCCAUUCAUCGAUGGAAAUGGUAGAACCUCGCGUCUUCUUAUGAACACAAUGCUUAUGAGAGCUGGCUAUCCCCCCGUAAUAAUACCAAAGCAACAACGUCACAAGUAUUAUCACUUCCUCCAGUUAGCUAACGAAGGCGACAUCCGCCCAUUUAUUCGUUUCAUUGCUGAUUGCACAGAAAAAACUCUGGAUCUGUAUCUUUGGGCAACAAGUGAUUUACCCCAACAGAUACCAAUGUUAGAGCAAACAGAUUUCAUUGGAGAUAAUAAUAACAAACCAUCAGCAAGAUUCAAUGCAAAUGACAAUGAUGUAGAUCAAUCAGGAUCGGGAUUCUCAGAUUUAAAUAAUAGUUUCCUAUAAAAACAGAAACAAACGCACUUUUAAAUUAAAUGAAUCGUCUUAAGAUAAACAAAACCAACAAAAUAAAAAAACACAAAAUAGUAAAACUACGUCUGUGAUCUUAAGCUUACAUAGAAAAUUUACAUUAAAAAUGUAAUAACUUAUUGUAUUAAAGAUAACAUCAGUAAAUUAUUUGUAUUUAUAUAUUUUUUUCCUUGGAAUUAUAUUUUUAUUUCAAAUUUUCAAAAAAAAAUAAUUAUUGUAAUAAACAAAAUUGUUAAAUGUCUCAAGGAUCGAUUGUGAUUUUUGGUAUAUGUGAGUUACGAAAUAGCACAUUAUAAACUGUUAUAUUGACUUGAAAUA